AUGCAGCUAAGUCAACUGAUUGUAAUACUAGCUGUCUCCCAUGGAUCAGUUUCUGAAUUUUCUGAGGUGGCGCCACAGGUUAAUCUAGGUGAAAUACCGCACAAUGGACAGCCCUAUCAGAUAGUGCGCGUUAUUGAGUAUAUAGUGCCUUACCCCUACCAGAGAUUUCCGAAAAUAUCCGCUAGAACUUCGAGCAUGAGAAACAAGGAACCCAAUAGCCUGGAAAUAAUUCCCGCUGAAAUCGAGACCAUUCUUACCGAUGGACAAGCCACAACAGAGGCACCAAAGGCAGUGAAGCAUUUCCUUAUGCGAAUCCUUUAUGAAAACAAAGUCAUUUGCAGUGGUGCCCUAAUUUCCAGUCGUCUGGUCUUAACCUCUGCCCACUGUUUUCCCAGGAAUCUCAGUCCACCUCCAGCUCGCUUGUACAAACUGCAGGCCAGUCGGAGUCGGAUAUAUUCGGUGGCCAAUCUAAUUACCGGCACUAUUGAAGACAUGGCCCUAUUGCUGCUCAACACUCCACUGGAGGAUCCCUUCGUCCAACCGAUUGAUCUCUGUGACUCUCCUCUCCAAAGGAAUGACAAUGUAACCAUGUACAUGUCACAGCAACAUCUGCGUUUCCUGCGCACCAAACUCAUUCCCAAUAGGAAUUGCAAAAGGAGCUAUGCCCAGGACGAGAACGCCUUCAUCACGCAGACCAUGUUGUGCGCCCUGAAUUCGAACCGAUUGGUAGAUUGCCAGACGACCAAGGGGGAUGUCCUCCUCCACCAGGAUCGGGUGUGCGGAGUGGACAUUUACGGACAGCACUGCUCCGAUGGGGGUGUCAAUGGAGAGUUGUAUGCCGACGUCUUUAAGGCCAGGCCUCAACUGAUGCGCUUGAUUGGGCGCUAUUCGAACUAAAUGAUUCCACUGGGAAAUUUCAUAAAA